AUGGCUCCGUUGUGGCUGCUCAUUGUGGAACGACGUGUUGGGAAUGGGCAGAAGGCGGUCUCAGAGUACCAUGACGAGAGUCUCCAAGACUUCGUCAGUGAGAUGCUCAGUGAGGCAGGGCCCGCUGGCCAGAUCGACUUGGAAAUUCAGGUUCACUCGUGCAUGCGGGCAGUACACGACCGAGGUUCCGACAAGAAGUCUGCUAGAGAGCGUCUUCUAGCUUUGUACGCUUACAACUACAUUGAGUUAGCGAGGGAUGCUGGCCAGAUGAUUCUUCCGGGGUCGGUAUCGGUCCUUCUCAGAGAACAAGAAGCGGCAACAUCAGCAGGACGAAGUGCUCUGCCGGCAGCGGCCCUGGAGCCAGUGAUCGAUGCUGCAUUGAAGCCGAUACAUUUGGUUAACCCUCCCCUCCCGAGAGCUGUGAGGUUUUCAGAGUCUCUCUUCAUCUAUG